AUGAUCGCAUUACAACAAUCUACAUCCGCGCCAGAUCCUCUCUCUGUUCCAUUAAAUGCUCCGGAACACUGUCCAGGCACCGAGUCCGAGCUUGCAGGCAAGGCCGACGCAUGCGCUGGAUGUGCAAACCAAGAGAUCUGUGCUUCAGGACAGACAAAAGGUCCGGACCCUGCUCUCCCAUUGGUGAGAGAGCGUAUGUCUACUGUGAAGCGAAAGAUACUCGUGCUCUCCGGGAAGGGAGGUGUUGGCAAGUCCACCUUCACCGCUCAGCUCGGAUGGGCCUUCGCUGCUGAUGAACAGCUACAGACAGGCAUCAUGGACGUAGACAUCUGUGGCCCGUCCAUCCCCACUAUCCUCGGCAUUGCAUCCGAGCAAGUCCAUGCAUCAUCCUCGGGCUGGUCUCCCGUCUACGUGCAAGAUAACUUGAGCGUCAUGUCUGUCGGUUUUAUGCUCCCCUCAUCCAAGGACGCGGUCAUGUGGCGAGGGCCGAAGAAGAACGGGCUCAUCUCCCAAUUCCUCAAAGACGUCGACUGGGGCACGCUUGACUACCUCGUUAUCGAUACUCCCCCGGGUACGUCCGACGAGCACCUCAGCGUCGUGCAAUAUCUCAAGGAGAGCGGCAUCGAUGGUGCUGUGGUCAUCACGACUCCGCAGGAGGUCGCGCUGCAGGACGUGCGGCGCGAGAUUGACUUUUGCCGGAAAGUCGGCAUUCGGGUGCUUGGUCUAGUGGAGAAUAUGUCGGGCUUUGUUUGUCCGAACUGCAAAAAUGAGUCGCAGAUAUUCAAGCCGAGCACGGGUGGCGGGCGAAGACUCGCUCAGGACAUGGGGGUGGACUUCCUGGGCGCUAUCCCUCUCGAUCCUCGUAUAGGCAAGAGCGCAGACUACGGCGUCAGCUUCCUGGAUGAAUAUUCAGAUAGCCCUGCAAGUCAGGCCUACUUGGACAUCAUUGACAAGCUAAGAGAGAAACUAGGCGACUAG